GAAUUGAGAAUUCUGAUCUUGAACUUCACUCGAUAACUGGGGAUUCAAAAAUUGGUGUCAUCCAUGGAAGAUCAGAUUUUGGCCAAAUCAGACAUAACCAAGAAAGCCGAGAUUCCAAGAGGGGAUUGAGCCGUUGGUUGUGCUAACGGUUUUUCAAAGACCCUACCUGUCAUUGGAGCUAGAGAAGCGGCGUGAAGCGUGCUCAAUCCACAACGCCACCAACAAGGACAGCUCCGACGUGGGAAAGUUUCCUCACGCAGGUUUCUCCCCUCUCCUUUGAUCCGAUGGUUUCCUCUUUUAUUCCCCUUCCCCAUCCCUCAAUCCCACUUUGGGAUUCACCAUUGCUUCCCCCCUCUCCCCAUCAUGAACAUCAACAAGGUCUGGAACCCCAUGUUGGCCCUCAUCCUUUAGUCCCCAAAAGAAAAGAAAAAAGAAAGACAGAUCAAAAGAUUUUCAGGCAGAUUUGGUGGUUUUUUUUGAGGCAAGAAAAUGGACGAAAAGGCUUCGGAAAGAGAGGCACAGGAGCCACAGAGAUCAGAGGCAGAGGACAAAGAUAUUAUUCAAAGCUUAUUUGAAAUUGAGGAAGCGAUUUGUGCUUUUGGUGAUUACAGGAGAGCUCAUAGGAAGGAGUGUUUCAAUCUGGUUAGGAGGAUCAAGCUCUUAGGCCCACUCCUUGAGGAAGUUCGGGAGAACGAAGCCCCGUUAUCGGAGAAAUCAGUCGCAUGCUUCGGCAAUUUGAAGAAGGCUUUCAUUUGUGCGAAGAAAUUGUUGAAGACGUGUCACAAUGGAAGCAAGAUCUAUUUGGCGUUGGACAGCGAGGGGAUUGCAGCAAGGUUCCGAUCUGUGUAUGAGAAACUGAACAGAGCCCUUGAAACAAUCCCCUACGAGGAGUUAGGGAUUUCAGAUGAAGUGAAAGAGCAGGUUGAGCUGAUGCACUCACAACUUAAGAGAUCGAAAAGAAGAACCGAAACUCAGGACAUUGAACUGGCUAUGGACAUGAUGCUUGUGUUCUCAAAGAAAGAUGAUCGCAACGCCGACAGUGCCAUACUCGAAAGACUGGCAAACAAGCUGGAGCUGCACACAAUUCCAGAGUUGCAGGAAGAAACAAAUGCAGUAAAGCAACUUGUUAAGGAAGGUGGUGGGUGGCCAUCCCCGGAAAUGAUCCAGCAGAUCAUGGAUGUUUUAAACAAGUUUAAGCAAAUUGCUGGCGUGAAAGAGACGAGUGGAAGCAUGGAGGAGACUAAAGAUGCUUCACCGCCCAAUAAGUGCUUACAGAAGUGCCAGUCGUUGUCCAUCCCAAAUGACUUCCUUUGUCCAAUUACCCUGGAAAUAAUGUCAGAUCCUGUAAUUGUUGCAACAGGACAGACAUAUGAGAGAACCAGCAUACAGCAGUGGUUGGAUUCAGGGCACAGGACAUGCCCAACAACUCGGCAACCUUUGGCACACUUAUCUUUAGCACCAAAUUAUGCUCUCCGUAACUUGAUUACGCAUUGGUGUGAGAUGUACAAUGUGGAACUUCCUAAAAGAGAAGCAGAUACAAGCACGGGGAGUGCCUCGCAACAAACACAGGAAAUAUCCACCAUAGUCCAGAACCUCUCCUCUAACCAACUUGAAGUGCAAAGAUCAGCGGUCAUUGAGAUACGUAAACUUUCGAAAGAGAACCCUGAUAACAGAAUCUUGAUUGCUAAAUCCGGCGGAAUCCCAUCUUUGAUAAACUUGCUCUCAUAUCCUGAUUCAAGAAUCCAAGAAAACGCGGUCACGGCAUUAUUAAACUUGUCAAUUGAUGAAACAAACAAGAGAAUAAUUGCAAAGGAGGAGGCCAUCCCAGCUAUAAUUGAAGUAUUGAAGCACGGCAGUGUUGGCGCUAGAGAGAAUUCAGCUGCCACAUUGUUUAGUCUUUCUAUGGUGGAUGAUAACAAAGUUGCUAUUGGUUCUUUGAAUGGGAUACCUCCGCUAGUUGACCUACUUCAGAAUGGAACAGUCAGAGGUAAAAAGGAUGCUGCCACUGCCCUCUUCAACUUGUCACUUAACCAAAUGAAUAGAGGGAGAGCUGUCAAGGCUGGUAUUACAAAACCCCUACUACAGUUAGUUACUGACAAGCAAUUGGGAAUGGUUGAUGAAGCUCUCUCAAUCCUCUUUCUUCUGUCAUCUAGUCCUGAAGGACGCAGCGAGAUUGGUCAGAUAUCAUUUAUUCAGACACUAGUAGAACUGAUAAAAGAAGGAACACCAAAAAACAAAGAGUGUGCAAGUGCAGUUUUGCUUGAACUAGCAGCAAAUCAUUCACCUCAUCUAUUGGCUGCACUCCAGUUUGGGGUAUACGAACACUUACUUGAGCUAGCAAAGAACGGAACUAAUAGGGCACAAAGAAAAGCGCAGUCACUUCUGCAUUACAUGAGCAAGUGUGAACAAAUUCCAUGAAGUAAAUUGUCUUUUGGUAUCAUGAGAUUCUUUCACAUAGAGAAGUUUAACAGGUAUUUCUGCAAAAGUUUGGCGACUUCUGCUAUUCUGUUGCUUCAUAUGUGCAAGGGCAAAAGGAUCAGAAUUCUCUUCCAUUGUACAAAUUAUUGGCCUUGAUUCAAGUCAGGCCUUUGUGCCUUUGGAGUACCACGCUAGCCUCCUGGAAUACUCUGUCCAUGAUCAAAACUUAGCUAAAUAUAAAACUAAGGUCACAGAAACCAUGAGAAUGUCUGAUGUACACUGUCCUGUUCCAGUAGUGAGUUUGUUAAUGAACGAUUUGUGUGGGAUGAGUGUAUUGUUA